CUGUGACUUUGAUUUUGAAGAUGAUAGCGAGCUCAUGAAGAGCAGACUGACAACACAGCUCAGUCUAACCUAAAGUCAAGAUUCGCAUGCUGUGUGGCGUCAUCCUUGUGACAAGUCGCCAGUGCGCACUGAUGCGAAGGCGUAACGGCCCGUGUGCCCGAUCUGCCAUCACUGUCGCAUUAGUGGCGACUUCCACUGAAUUCGAUGCUUGGCAUUCAUGUCCCUGUGAUGCAUAAGUGGAGCAAGUCGGGCUCUGUGGGCUUUUCUUUUUUGCACACAGAACCCAUGUCACAGCACCGGGUUGGUGACUUACGCAGCAGCAAAGUCGUAGUGGGCAGAGGAGUUCCGAGAUGGCGACAGCAAUAGAGCGAAGCUGGCGAAUGACGACGAUGGCGACGACUGAGCGCGUCCCUCGUUGCGACAAUCAUUUUUCCAUCUCACCUCUGUACAUCCAACCGGCACCGUGCACGAUUGUUGCGAGUGUGCUUACCCACCCUAAGAUAUGGCGACCCCAGACCAAGAACAACAGCGCCAGCGCCUCAUCGCGGGCCUCAAGUGCGCCUUUGAUGCGCUUGACCUUGUUCGUGUGCCCUCGAACGCCAUCGACAACAUGGCCCACCUCGUGGUGACUGCAAUGAUGGGGCCACACCGCGUGUACCAUGCCGUUGCACAUGUCUUCGACGUCGCACCCAAGGACAUCACACAAGACCCCGUGGCUUACCUUGCCGCCAUCUUCCACGACGUCGUCUAUCUGCAGCUGGACGGCGGCAUUGCGCCCUUCUUCCUGCCCAUCUUCCAGCGUGCACGCCUCCUGCCCGUGCCCCACGCCCACAACCUCUCUUUCAUCACCAGUGAGCAACGCACAACCACAACAACCACCACAACAAAACACACAACAAGACGACGACACACAACAACAACAACAAUAGCAGCGCAGGAGCGGGGCAGCGACACCUCCAGUGUGCAGGUCAUUGUGUCAUCUCCACAGCUGCUCGCGAGCUCGCCUGCUGGUACGCUGCAGCGUGCAUUUGCCCUGAGCAACCCCGCCGAUCUCGCCCUCAUGGCAGGCGGGGCCAUCAGUGACACUUCUUUCCAAGGCGAGCACACAACCGACGUAACGCUUCCCCCAAUUCAACCAAGUGCACCCUCAACCAGAGGCUUGAGCAGGGCAGCGAGUGUGGACAGCUCAGACUCUGACGCAACCGCAACCACAACCACAACCACAACAAUCGACAACCAGGAUGCGGCCACGCUCGCAUCGAAGAACACAAUGAGCAGCGCCCUGCAAACAACACAGUCUUGGUGGAGCCAGGACGACAGCAGCGCUGACGUUGCAGCAGUAUCUGCACGACGCCGCACGGCAGCACAUCGUAUCUGCUACAAGGUGUUCGGGCACGUGCCUGGCGAGACACUGCCGUUCGAGAUUGGCGCGCAGGGGCUCAACGAGUUCCUGAGCUGCGUCGUUGCUGUGGACAUGCUUGCGCCUUUCCUGGACGAGAUGCAGCUGCUGCAUCUGUGCGUGUGCAUUGAGGCGACCAUUCCCUUCCGCACUCAGCACAGUGUUGACAUGCUGUACACCCGGUGCGUGGCCGUGGCAACAGAGGACCUGCUCCUUGCCCCUGCGCAUGCUGCCUUGGCAGCGCGCCGCAUGAUGCACAGCGCGUGUCAAAUGGCCGCCCGCGACGUGGGGAACUUCGCGUAUGCAGACACGCGCGGGUUCCUGGCCAACACGUGGAAGCUGCUGCCUGAGCUCAAUCCCGCCCUGCGGGACACCAAGGCGAUCGCCGUCCAGGACUGGAUGGCGGCGUUGGCGGGCAACUGGGGCUUCUUCGGCUUCCUGCAACACAACCCAGCACUCAUUUUCCCGCACUUUGACGGCUGCCGCACGCCAGAGCAACAGCAGCAGUUGGAGGAGCAGGCCGUGCGCAACCUGCAGCGAGGCCGCGCCUACCUUGGCGCACGUCUACUCAGCGCCAGCAUCGUGCACGCCUUGGCGGGUCAACAGGACACGCAAGCUGUGCAGCUGCUUGCACACGACAGCAGCGACAGCGAUGCAGAAGAGCGCACGUUCGACUUUGAGGAUGGGCGUGCAGGCUGUGUUGCAUAUGUGAAGGCGUUGUUGGGGGCUGGCUUUGAUGAAGUGAUGAGCGACUCCGUGUGCGUUGCGCAGACAUCAUGCAAUGUGUCCCUGCGUGUGCUCGAGUGCCUGGAAGAGCUGCAUGGAGGAGACAGCGCUGAGGCUGUGCUUGGUGGUUGCGUGAAGCAGUGCGUGGCGUUUCACAAGGGAGAGAUGGAUGCUUCUUCCUUUGUGCGCUGUUUACCACAGUCUGUUGUGGAUGUUGUCUGGCGUGAACUCGGUUGCUUUUGAUGCUGCUCGUAGCCCUUUUCCUUUGUCUCCUUGAUUUCUUUGCAUGAUUCCUGUCUUUCCUGUGGACUUGUGAACGAUCGCCAGGCGUCUGUUUCCAGGUUUCUUUGACCUUUUGGGGUUACUUUGUACACAUCGUGCUUCUCGUGCUUAUGUUUCCUACUUCGCUUGCAUGUUGUGGAACGCAUCUCUCCCCCCUGCAUCUUCUCACAGAAGCUGCGGCUUGUUACACAUUACCAACCAAUACACCACAGUGCAGAGGACA